GGGUUAUACCAGUGCCAAAUUUUAUUGGCUAUGCCAUGGCGUAGAGUUAUUGUACUUCUACGCAGUUGUGUAUUAAUCUCUACACACAUGCGUAAAAUGCCAUCUCGGGCCUAGUUCGUAGCCAAUAACUCCCGUCGGGCCCUGUGUUAUGCAUUUUCUCCCAGAGGGAACGCUGCAGUGUCACACUCGCCUUUGAUUGCCUACGCAGCAGGGCGUAGAUUCUGAGUAUGCUGAGAACGCAUUGGUGAGACUGGUCGCGCACCAACGAAAACAGCCUGUCGCGGACAGAGAGGGUUACAGCGUCCUUCGAGAAACCCGAGGCCACAUUGUAAUAUCUGCAUAUGUAGGAAUCAUAGACAUAAAAUAUAUCACCACAGCGUAUACAAGCAUUGCCUUGUCUUGAAAGGCUCGUUUCACUUCAGAGUCUCAGUUAUUCUGGUGGUAUUGAUGAUGUCGUGUCGCGAGGAUGGGCAUGCUUUGCCCGAAACCUUCAGGGCGAGCAUUCCUAUCGGCCAAACUCCUAGCCGGUUUGAGGCGUAUUGCAUUGAAGGGUUCAACCAAGGUCAGUAUGCUCAAGCCAUAACUGCCUACUUCGAGACUCAACGGCGCGCAGUUGAGAGAUCGGAGCAGGAAACUCUUCUUACAGCGCUGAAUGCUGGAAGCCGUAGCCUCCCGGAACAAAUGCAAGUCCCCGAUCUGAUAUAUUAUCUACAGCAAGUUCAGACCGGGACCUGGGGCCAUAGACACAAGGACCCGAAGACCGCUGCAUCCAAAAUUGGUCCCACGUGUCCUGAGGUGAAACCAUUACUAGCGGACGGCCGAAGAGUUUGGGUUGAGUUCCUUUUUGUCGUAGGUGCUGCUGGGUGGGGUGAUGGCCCUGCUGCUCAGAGCUGUACUACAGCUGGUGGUGAUCCCAGCCGCACUCUUCCAAAGAAUACCUUCACAGGCUUCAGUGAAGCUUCAGCUUGGCCCCAGAAGAAUCGGCAUAGUCGACGUCAACAGCGUGAUGAAGACGACGAUGAUCGACCACACCAUCCUCGAGGCAAGGCGCAAAAGGGUGCUUUGGACACCAUCUGCUCGCUCGCUUGUCCAUUUUACCUUCGUGAUAAGGAAAGACAUCGGAAUUGUCUAAACUACAAGCUCAAUCGUAUUGUGGAUGUCCGCCUGCAUAUUGUUAGGGCCCACGUGCAGCCAAGCUAUUGCCCACAAUGCGGAACCGAAUUUCAGAAUGACUCGGACUAUGCGCAACGGGAUACACACAUCGCGCAUUGUCAGAUCGUCAGAGAGAUAAUCCGGCCUUCAGGAGCGACGUCGGAGCAGCUUGAGAGAAUGAGGGUCGCAGCAAUGCACAGAGGACACGGGUCGACUGAAGAGAGUCGCUGGUAUGCGAUCUGGGACAUUAUGUUUCCCGGUGUUGCGCGGCCCCCUACACCCAUCAUCGACGUGAGCUGGGAAUUGAAUCAUGUAUAUCUUCGCGCCGCUAUUGAGCGGUAUCGACAAAACGGCGGGGUACAAGACUUCGCGCGAUAUGUUGGAGUAGAUGCGUCGGCGGCUAAUUCGUCGGGAGUCUUGAGUUUGUUUCUCGAUCACUUGCGCGACUACAACGGCUCUUUCAUGGGUAUUGGCCACUCAUAUGAUACACAGGAUCUACGCAUUGAUAUGACCACUGACAUUGAAGGGUCUGUACAAAUCCUCUCUCUGGCGCCAGUGAGUGGAACGGGCAGUAAUCUAGACGCUCAACCAGCCGUGCCGACAAUAGCCAGCCUACGACUUUUGGCACCCCGACCGAUACAGGCUGACCCGACCCACGUGGAACGGAUCUUGUCGAACCAAGAUCCAAAUCUUGAUACUACUGAUGAUGAAAUUGGCUAUGACUAUUCGUGAGGGUUGUGAUUGCAAGUGUAGGCGAGGCUCAUCAGUCGACUUGGACUAUUAUUGUAUUGAUAUAUGACAGCAUAAUAUUAGUUUCAAGAUCAAUGCUCAAUAGAAACAAUUGCAGCCUGGCACAAUCAUGCAAAUUUCGCACCUUAACAGUAAUAAUUA